AUCGUUAAGGCAAAGGUAUGACAUACAGCUGCUAACAAUGGGAGAAUUGACAGUGUUGGGAUUAUUGGUCAUUGGGUUGGUGCUGGUCAAUGCAUAUGGCACGGGAUCAGGUUCGCUGAAAGGUGCUGGAGCUUUGGCAGGAUCCUCUGCAAGUGCUUCUUCACUGGGAUUAAAUGGCGGUGGUAAAGGUGGCUAUGGCGGUUCUUCUGGAGCAGCUUCAGCUGGCUUAAGUACUGGUGGUUCAGGUGCAGGUGCAGGUGGUGGUUAUGGCAGCAGCAGCACCGGUUUAUCUGGUGGAUAUGGUGCUUCUGGAGCUAGUGGCUCAGCUGGUAGUUCAGCUGCAGGUGGUGGCUAUGGCGGCGGCAGCGGUUUAACUGGUGGUUAUGGUGCUUCUGGAGCUAGUAGCUCAGCUGAUAGUAAAGCUGCUGCUUCUGGUCUAACAACCGCACUUGGAGGUUCUGGUUCAGCUGGCCUAGGUGCUGGUAGUGGUGGUGCUGGUGUUGGACACGGAUCUGGUCAUGGAGCUGGAUCUGAUCAUGGAGCUGGUGCUGGCUCAGCUCUGGGUGGAGCUGGCGCAUCUGUUGCCGCAGAUGCUGGCCAUGGCGGCAGUGCUGCAGCUGGACUGGGAACAGCAUCUUCUGCAUCUGGAUUCGGUGAAGGUCUAGGAGCUGGAGCUGGAGCGGCUCAGGGUGCUGGUUUGGGCCAUGGAGGUGGAGCAGGUCAUGGUGCUGGAUCAGCACUUAGUGGUGGUUCAAGUGGCGGAAGUGGAUAUGGAGGGGCAGGAUCUGCCUCAGGCUUAGCAACUUCUUCUACUGGUUAUGGGGCUGGAGCAGGCCUUGGUUCCAGCUUAGGAUCUGAAACAGGAGCUGGUGCUGGAACAGGACAUGGAUUGGGUGCUGGAUCGGGCCAUGGAUCGGGUGCUGGAUCAGGCCAUGGAUUGGGUGCUGGAUCAGGCCAUGGAUCAGGUGCUGGAUCUGGCCAUGGAUCGGGUGCUGGAUCAGGCCAUGGAUCAGGUGCUGGAUCAGGCCAUGGAUCCGGUGCUGGAUCAGGCCAUGGAUCAAGUGCUGGAUCAGGCCAUGCAUCGGGUGCUGGAACAGGCCAUGGAGCGGCUGGGGGAUCAAGCCAUGGGACAGGGAGUGGAUCCGCCCAAGAAGGAAGUGCUGGUCAAGGCAAAGGUGCAGGUGCCGGUUACGGAUCAGGCUCCUCUGGUGCAGGUUUAAGUACCGAGGCUGAUGCUUCAGCUGUGGCAGGUGCAGGUUAUGGCGGUGGUUUAGAAACAGGCUCCAGUUCGGCAGCUGCUUCGCUUGGAGUAUGUGUUGAAGGUGGUAAAGCAGGUGGUGCAGCAUCCGGUCAUGGUGGUGGAAAAGGCCAUGGUUCAGGUUCGGGACAUGGCGGAGGAAAAGGCCAUGGAGCCGGCGGAAGUGGUCAUGGGGCAGGAUCUGGCAAAGGUCAAGGAUCUGGUAAAGGCAAUGGCGGUGCAAAGGGACACGGUUCAGGAGGCGGCGGCGGCGGUCGUGGUCAGGGUAAAGGACAUGGCUCUGGCUCGGGUUAUGGCGCUGGACAUGGUGCUGGUGCUGGUUCAGGUUAUGGAACCGGCAAAGGUGGCUCUUCAGGGCUAGUUACGGCCUCUGGUGGUUCUGGUGCAAAUCAUGGAAAUGCUGCAGGUCAUGGUUCUGCAUUAUCCGAAGCAUCGGCAUCUUCUGCAGCUGAGGGCAGUUCUGGUGCAGGACUUUCAGGAGGCGGUGCUGGCGCAGGUGCUGAAGCCAGUUCUGCAGCUUCUAGUCAUUCAGGCGUUGCUGGUGGCGGACAUUCUGGCUCUUAUGGUUUAAAUGUUGGUUCUGGCGGUGGCAGCGGCAGUUACGGAGGCUCAUAUGGUUCCAGAGCAAGUUUGUCUGCUGGUGGCAGUUAUGGCGGAUCAAAAGGCUAUGGUCGAUAAUUUUUGGAUAAUGUUAUUAAAAAAAAACUUGUACUUAUAAUAAAACAUGGGUCAGCCUGAAACCGGAA